AGCCACCGUUGUUAAUAAGUGAGGCUUGUGGACGUAAUACGCCAGGUUAUAAACAUGACCGUUAUAUAUUACCGUAUCAUGUAAUACAAAGGGACACGAUAAUAAACGAGGCGCGUGCAUAUUGCGUGCAGGGCUCGAGUUAAUGCAUACAUUGUAUGCGAGGAAAACUGUCGAUCGGUGGCGCUUUUCAAGAUGGCUACUGUACUACGAGCUAAUCCGAGCAAAUCGUACGAAAUACAUCGACUUUUUUCAACGUCCUAGUACAUCACUAGUGAGCUACAAGUACAGUGAAGAUGCCUAAAUAUCGGCCAAACGUUUUUAAGCACAAAGUCACUGUUCUCUCUCGGUCAUCAAAGGGAGGAAGAUUUAAGCGGAAGGAUGUACCCCUGAAGGACCUUUUUUCAUCAGGGCCCUCAGAUACCCAACAGAAGCCUCAGGAAAUCCAACAUGAAAUAAGUGUUGCUCCCUGUACCUCUUCCACCUUUUCUGUGAAUGUGGAGGAAGAGGCUGUAAACACGAGGAAAUAUGCUGCGAAGAAAAUAAAGCAGUGCAAUGCAUGGGUAGGCAAGAGGCUCUUAUUAGAGAAUGCCUUCUUUGAGAGCAGUGCUCCUCAUCUUCCAUGUUGCUCCUGUGGGACAGAUGAGGGAGACAGAGUACUGUGUCUUGACUGUGGCCCACAAGUCGUCCGCUGCAUUGACUGCACAAUGAGCUACCAUGAAGAUAGCAAUCAUCUCCACAAGCCGCAGUUGAUUUUGGAUGGAAUUUUGCAACCUUUUCCUCUCAAACCUUACCUGCGGAGAGUGGACCAUGACUGUGACAGUCGUUCCCGCAAGACAAUCCAGGUGUUUGAUGAAAAAGGACGACUUCACAACUGCUGGCUAGUUACAUGCUCAUGUGAGGAAGAAUGUGCUUCUUUAGUCCGGUUAAACUUAUGGCCAGCCUCACCAGACCAACCACGGGUAGCUUUUCACAUGGAUUUGAUGAACCUACUGCAUUUCCUCCUUCUAGAGGGGCAUAUGUCACUGAAAGGUGCAUGCCAAUCCUUGGGCUGUAGAAACGGACUUCCAUUGCAUGAGGUCAAUUUAUUGUAUCUCAACUUGGUCAGUGAAUGCUUUGAGGAGUACCGGUAUUUUCGUUACCGGUGCCACAACCUAAAUGCAGUGCUGGAUGAAGACAUUAAGUGCCCAGCUUGUCCAAAGGAAAAUGGUGACUUGUUUGUUAGUCUAGACGCCAACUUCGGUCUUGUUAGGAAGCGAAGCUCAGGCGUGAGCUACACCGAUGCAAAACACAAGUCCCUCCUGUUUGCCCCGCAGGAGGACGUAGACCACUUUGUAAACGUGUACGAUGACCACAAUAUUUCUAAUGACUGCAGCAACUUCCAAGCCGGCGACGUUCUUCGUGCCAAAAACAAAACCAAAAAACUGGACACAACAGGUGUCUUUGGAGCGUCGUGUCGGCAUGGUUUUCCCCUGUCAUUUCUCAACCUGCGUCAUGGAGAACGACUCGCAUAUGCAGCUUUCACCAUAGACUGCAUACUGGAGAAAGCACAACCAUCCGUCAAGCUUCAUGUCAUCUAUGAUAUUGCCUGUACGCUCACUGCCCACUUCAAGAAAAAAAAGGACAAGAAGCUUGAGCUGGAUAUGGCACUCCCUGUGUUCCAUGCCUAUGGGCACAAAAUGGCUUGCCAGGUGGCAUACAGCACCAGAUGGCGCUGCGGUUACGGGCUGACAGAUGGGGAGGUGAUGGAGAGGCUCUGGUCCUACUUAAGGCGCUUCUCAUCUAUAACCAAGGAGAUGACACCAGCCCAUAGAGAAGACCUUCUUACAGAUGCUCUUCUGCAUUACAGCCGUCGGAAAAGAGCUGACAUUGGCAGCAGCCUUGUACUUUUGAUGGACAGAGCAGUUAGAGUUAAAGAGGAUUCUAGCAAAGCACUUGAGGAAAUAUGUAGUGACUGCGCAGUGUCACUUAAAGAUAUCAAGGAUUGGAGGGAAGCAGAAAAGUGUCAAGUCGAUGUCUCAAAGUCAUCCACAAAAGGUCAAGUCCCAUGGGAGGAAAAGUAUGUGCAGAAACUGCUGCAUUAUGAACAGAGAAAGGAACAACUGGCACUGUGUGAUGAUGACACCAGGGCUGGAAUGCUUGCUGGCCAAUGUCAAGAGUUAGAUCAGGAUCUGAAGACCCUCGAGCAGAGGCAUGGCAUCCAGCGCUGGUGCAACGACAACCCUGCCUUCAUAACCCACCUGGCAGUGAUGAAGGGAAAGCAGCAGGUGGCACUCAUCCAAAAGCUGUGGUCACAUGCUGUUGAGUACACCUUUUUUUUGGACAUGUCCAAAAAGUAUUCAGAGGGACAGUCUGUGGCCACCAGACUAAGUAAGCAGAUACGGAAGUCUUCCAAAGCUUUGAGGAAACUGGUAUCUGCUUACAACAGCUGUGACUUCACUACACCACCGUCGUCAACAUCCCACAAAGAUGUGAUUGACUUGACUUCACAGCUGUACACAAACUUGACGGUGACAAAACAGGGUAGCACACCCAUUCCCUCCUCAACACGGCGAAGAGCUGUCGAUCUCAUCAAUUUGAGUGACCGGGCCAAGGAGGAGACUGCACUGGUUGAGAAGGAAAUGGCUCGAGUUCUCCAAUCAGUGUCAGACCGACACAACCAGUUGGUGGCACUCGUGAAAGAUCUGCGCUCGGCUGAGGCUGAUAGGGCUGAGGGCCUGCUGUUUUUAGUUGGGAAUGCCAUCCAAGAGCAAGAACAGCUGCACCUCAAUCUGGAAAAGUGUUUUUCAAAUUAUAUUCCCAUAUCAUCUUGCACCCCAUUUUUCAGGUCUACCAUACUUUCAGCAAUUUCUCCAGAACUUUCACCAUCAGAUGAGACUCCACUGUCUUCAGAUUCUUCAUCUGACGAAAGUGAGGAUGAAGCUGUUAGUGAUUGAUUUCUAAACUGAGCUGAUAUACUGACAACUCAUCCAUUUGGUUGAUUUUGUGAUUUUGUUAUGUUUGUGUUUUUUGGUUUUAAAGGUCACUUUUGGAAGUCUUUACGCCAACAUUCCAAAUUCUUGUCAAAAUCAGUCAUAUUAACUAAUACAGAAUUUGACCUAGCUACGUUAUGUUAUUUACGUUGAAACUGCUUGAUAUAAUAUUCUCAUUUUAAUCUACUUAUGCAUCAAAAUGAUCAAACAUUGAUAGCAGACUGUGUCGCCAAGAAAUAUGUUUAAUGCAAGCCCGCAUUACAGAAAACAGAGCAUUUUCUUAUUGGUCAGUAUGUCAGGGCCAAAGUAUGUCUUCAACGAUGCUUGCUUUCUUUGAAAACACAAUUACCUUCUAUGCUGCAAGAUAUAUAUAUGUAUAUAUAUAAUGAUGCCCCCUAUUUUUGUACCUGUCCAGUAUGACCUUUUUGUAAAUAAGAACAGGUUUAAUUCGCUGUCCAUUGAUCACAGUAAUGGUAUGUUUUGCUGAACAUCAACAUUAAUCUUUAUUGUGAUACGUGGAAUUUUGGGGUUUUUUUUACCGUGUAUAUGUCUAAAAGUAUAAUGGGAAUAGGCCUAGUACAUGAAUGAUUUGGAUGAAUAUUUUGUUAACAGGUAGCGUAUACACGUACAAUGUCCUUACAAGUGCGACAUGCAGAGCUUUGUUGAAAAUAUGGGGCUCCCUUUGGGUUUGAUGAUUUUUUGUCUCGUCCUCGAUUUGUAUUUUGAAGUACAUGUAUAUACAUGUAUAAGUUAACCUUCCCUUUACUAUGAUUGUCUAUUUUUUACGAAGAAAUUAGAUGUUAGCAAAGCUUGAUCCAAUCCUUCCAAAAUCUGUGGCCGCAUUGUGCUAGGAUUUAUGUUUUCAUGAAAAGAAAUUUCACACAGAAUAUUCUCAUAUCAAAUAUGCAAUGUUCUUAUAUCAAAUAUUCAUUGAAAAAAAUGAAUAGGCCUUUUACAUGAAACCAUAAAUACUAGCGCAAUGCAGCCAUACAUUGUGGACGUUUUGGAAACACGGGUUAUUUUGAUUGAAAUCAUCAGUUGAACAUUGUCUUUCCUAUAAAGUAGACCUACAAGUACUUUCAGAAAGACUGCAAAUGUGCAGUCUAUUUUAAUAUUAUUAAGUUCAUUUUUAUAUAGACCAAGUAUGUUUUGUUUCAAUUGAAUUAGGUGUAUUCGUGCUGAACAGGAAUCCUUCAAUAAGCCAAGUCAACAUUUCACUCAUGCAUGUGCAAACUCUCACAAACAAUGCAUUUUUGUUUGAUAAAUAAAGCAUGUCCAAAUGUUCCGUUGUUUAAGUUAAUUCACUAUAACAAUUAAAACUAUUUAUUCUCAGAUGUCAAAUUCAUCCCUCUGCUUAUCUAUAUGUGAUUCAUUAUAUCCUGACUAGGUGUUACAAUUAAAUUUAAUAAUGAAACAGAAACAAUUGUUCUUGAGAAAUCUGUUCAUGAACACGUGUGUUGCUGAUGUAUUGGGUACAUGUACAUUUUCACCUUGUAUGUACAACAUUUUAACAGACAUUUGGGUCAAUGUUCACAUAUUCAUUUACUCAACGUGAAUAUGAUAAUGUUAAACGUUUACGGAGUAUUUCUUUAGCAAGUUAGGCAUAUACCCGUGCGGCUAUUUUAUAUACGAAAUGUAAAUAAUAAUUGACUUAAAAUUCUUAAAGUGUCUUAACCUCUUAUUUAUGUCAUAAUUCAAGUGAACAAUGCCUGGCCUUCAUUUCUUAUAAUUGUACUGCCUUUAAUGUUAACAGCUUACAAGUAUCAAACAAUAAGGAAUUUGGAUUGAUAAGUUGUCAUUGCUUCGGUAUCAAGCUUGGUCUUCAUAUGAAAACAAAUGUCGGAAUUUCUGAGAUAGUUCUGUGAAUGUGAAUCUCGUAAUCAGGUGGUUAGUGAUGUAAAGAUUUAAGGACAAAUACUUAAUAUUACGUAGAAGUUGUUAUCAUUUUUUUUAUUUGUGAAAUCAAAUGAAAAAGUGCAUAUUAAAUAGACAAAUAAGGUCAUCCUUUUAUAGAAUUAUAACAAAAACCUGGGACACUCUGAGCAAACGCAGGGUUUGGCCAACUUGGCCAGCAUUAAUGUCCGUAUAUUGGUUACUUGUAGUUACUUCUUGUGCGUGCAUAGUGGAAGAUAACAUGGAAUAAAACUACUCUGCAUGAAGUGAUA